AUGCAUGUUAAAGAGACGAGAGGCAUCGUCAUGUCGACCGCUGGUCCCAUAAACAAUUAUUAUGUGGAUUCUUUGAUAAACCAUGAGAGCGAGGAUGUGCUGACAUCGCGGUUCUCAGCCCCAGAGCUUCUCCCCACCGGUUCUCGACCGACGACACUAGCACCAGAGUGCUCCGAAUACCCCUCCUGCAGUUUUGCGCCGAAACCUCCUGUCUUUACCUCCUCCUGGGGCCCAGUUCACCCCCAGUCUUCAGUGGUAUACCACCCAUACACCCACCAACCUCACAUUGGAACGGACUCGAGGUAUGUUCGCUCAUGGCUAGAGCCCAUAUCUGGAACAAUAUCCUUCCCAGGCUAUCCUGCGAACGGCAGACACUACGGACUCAAAACAGAUGGAUUUCCUCAGCCCGGUGCCGGAGACUCCAUCGCCUUUAACCGCCACGGAUACCCGGAUUAUUUCUACAACACCUCGGUGGACAUCCGAGACAAGACACAGCAGAUCAUCCCUUCUCCAGAGACAGAGGUUUUGGCUUCUGGAAAGCACAAAGACGGCAAGCCAGAAUUUGACCCAAGCAACCCGGUGGCGAAUUGGAUACACGCUCGUUCAACAAGGAAGAAACGGUGUCCAUAUACAAAAUAUCAGACUCUCGAACUCGAAAAGGAGUUUUUGUUCAAUAUGUACCUUACCAGGGACCGUCGUUAUGAGGUCGCUCUGGUUCUUAAUUUGACCGAGAGACAGGUCAAAAUUUGGUUCCAGAAUCGGCGGAUGAAAAUGAAGAAAAUGAAUAAAGAGAAGACAGAAACCAAUGAGCAGUAACGUGUCCUAUGGACACAUUGACAAGUACACAUUCAGAAAAAUGCCACUCAUGAACUGUGGGCGAUGGUCUCUCC